AUGAAUGAAGCAGAAGUCGUGGUCGUUACAGGCUUUGGACCUUUCAGGCAGUUCUUAGUGAACCCCAGCUGGACAGCAGCUCAGGUAGUGUUUGAGAAGCAGCAGUCAGUGCGUUACAUGCACACUUUUGCUGUGCAUUUGGGCGUAGCCAGAGGCUCCAGUGUCGUCAUUUUGGAGCAGACGGGGAAGAACAGCGGGUACAGAGAUAAGGAUGUGAGCGGCUUCUGUCCUGAGAAUCACUGCUGCGUGGAAGGAGGACCGGAGAAACUGGACUCGGUCGUUGACAUGAGGGCUGUGGUCAGACAAGCAGCGAUGGAUGUCAUUUAUUCAAGAGACGCUGGCAGGUACCUUUGUGAUUUUGCGUAUUACUGCUCACUGUAUCACGGUCAGAGGCGAGCGGCCCUCAUCCAUGUGCCUUCAUCUGGCAGCCUGACCUCAGCUGACAGACUGGUACCUCUGCUGCAGACCCUCAUUCAGAUCAUGCUCCACCAGCUGGAGGAGCCUUCAGACAGGCAGUCACAGUAA